CGCCUGUGGCAAUAAUAUAUAUAUUUCUCUUUCCUGCCUUCUUACCAUAUCUUCUAAUCGUGAUCAACUGUAUCAUAGAAAGAUUCAAUCGUCUGGUGUCGUAGUCUCUUGCUUUCAAUUGCUUUGACUUGAUGAUCACAUCUCCAACUCAAGCGGAUCAAGACCUUGUGGGCGAAACCACGACCACUAAAAAGCACUGGAUAGAUCGUCUGCAUGAUGUGGGAUGGACAAUAUUUCGUCACGCACAGAAACAUACAGGCGUAGGCAUCGUGUGCUCCGUCGCAUACUUCGACCCUGGGAAUUGGGGAGUUGACCUUCAGGCAGGAUCUCAAUAUGGCUAUAAACUCCUCUUCGUCGUACUUUUGGCAGGCUUGUUCGCUGCGUUUCUUCAAGUUCUUGCCUGUCGGCUUGGGGUAGUCACUGGUCUUGACCUCGCAUCUCAUUGCCGCAUUCUCUUCCACGAUCGACCACGUCAUACGAAACUUUGGCGAUGGGGAGUCCUUUACCCUCUUUACGUCCUCGCCGAGGUAGCCAUCGUCAGCACCGAUCUUGCUGAGCUCCUUGGCUCCGCAAUAGCACUCACUCUUCUCUUUCCGGCCCUUCCACUCUGGGCUGGUGUUCUGGUGACUGGAGCCGAUGUCUUAUUGAUACUUGCCCUCGGCAACCCUCUUCACGCUAGGCCAGUGAAGGUAUUUGAGUGGAUCAUCGCUGCGCUUGUGUUUUCUGUGCUCAUCUGCAUGGCAAUGAUCAUCGCAAGGAUCAGUGUCGACUGGGGCCAAGCCUUUAUUGGAUUCGUUCCUUCUAAGACACUUUUUGCCAGUGGUGCUCUCUAUACAUCCGUUGGAAUCCUGGGCGCUACUGUCAUGCCUCAUAGUCUAUUCUUGGGUUCACAUCUCGCAACCCAAGAUAGGCUAUCCAAAACACCACUUGCCCCAGUCUCUUCGCUUUCCGACAAGGUUCGAGAGCGAGAACCAAUGAGGUUCACGUCAAGGAGCGAGCACCUGCGAUACUUUGGACGAGCAAUCUGGCAAAAAUGCUGGUCAUUGUUCGUAAUACCUCGUGCCGAGUUAGAAGCGCUGAAUGCCCGUCCGAAGUCUCAUGAACAUAGAGAGAAUAAUGCCUUGGAGUUCGUACAAGCCCAUGUCUAUCACGGCAUGGUCGAUAUGGUCUCCAGUCUGCUAGGCUUCGCUGUCAUUAUCAAUGCCCUUAUCCUAAUCCUCGCCAGUGCUGUCUUCUAUUACGGAUCAGGGGCGCAUGGAUCUGAAUCUCCAGCUAGCUUAUUCGACGCCCACACUCUCAUCAACGACACGAUUGGUACAGGUAAGUCAUAUCCUUCAGGUUACUGUAAGCUUUUCACAUCCUUGGCAAUAGGUGCCGCGUUACUCUUUGCGCUCGCCCUACUUGCAGCGGGCCAAAGUGCUUCUAUUGUCGCCACUGUAGCAGGGCAAAGCGUCUCGGAAGGAUUCCUGAACUGGAAAGUUUCGCCCAUUGUACGGCGUCUUGUGACGCGCAUGCUAGGUCUGAUACCUUCUAUGGCCGUCGCCAUCGUCGUUGGACCAAGCGGCAUCGACUUUUUGCUUGUCGCAAGUCAGGUCACCUUGUCGAUAGUCCUCCCAUUCAUAACGUUCCCGCUGAUAUACCUCACCUCAUCGUCGCGCAUCAUGCGAGUACGCAAACCGUCUCCAGGCCACCCGGUCAUGAGUCCUGGUGAAGAAGGUUCCUCUCUACCUGCUAUCACAACAUUGGAUACGGAUCCGGAGAUGACCCAGACAGAGGACUUUGUGGAUUUUAGCAGCGGGAAGAUCAUGACGUCGCUUGGGUGCUUGAUAUGGCUUGUGAUUUUGGCAGCUAAUGUCUACGUGCUUGUAACCCUAGGCAUGGGACAAGGUGGCUGAUCCUCAGACACAAACCAAAUAUAAGUCUGCUUCAUAUCAUUCCAUGUGCAUGACGAGAUAUGUCUCUAUACUUCUCUAGUUGUGCACACCAAAGCUUUCGGGAUAUUCACUCGCUCAUCUCAGGCGGUGUUGAAAUGCUACAUGCGCAUUCUGUAUAUUAGCAAUUUUGCAUAAUGCCCUGCGACAAUUAGACAUAGGUUCAUCCUGGCUUGGUGUGAAUUAUAUAGCGCGAAAGAAGAUAUUGUCAUUAACAGGUUUC